AUGUCCAGCGAUCCCGAACUCGUUCCCGCACACCCUAAGUCCCCGCGGCGGAGCUCGCCAUCCAAGAGGUCGCGAGUCCCCCCCUCACCCAUCUCAAUACCCAGCUUCCCGUUGUCCAACACUAUCGGCGAUGAGCCCGCUGAUCCCCCCUCACCCGUCCCCACCGAGAUUAUUGACGUCGAGGCGGAGGACUUCGUGAGAACUGCGCAAUCCUACGGCGUGAAAGUCCGCGACUACGCCGUCGAGCUACCGACACCACCGCUACCUAAAGUUCCGGAGAUGUGGAAAAAUUCUUUCUUUACUCUCCUAGCGCACGACAUGCACAUUCGUCGGCCCAAAGACCCCAGCUUCUUUGUCUCGGGCCGGAUUCUGCGACGCCUGCUCGACACUGGUUUCGUGACACAGGAGGAGGCAGACGCGUACUGGACGCGUGAGGACCACAAGUCAUUAGAGGAGUACGAUAAGAGACCGUACGGUCCCUAUCCGUACGUGAUAGGCUUCCGGCGGCCCAAACCUACAGCGGCGUAUAGGGUCUCUGCACGCAAGGCCGUUUACGGUGAACCUAGGCGAGGGGAUAUCCCAGACAAACAUUUCAAGGUGCCGAAUGACGGGACGUGGGGUGGAGACGCGGAAUCGCAGAGGUUAGAGAAGCAGGCACGGGACAACCGAAUGAAGGCGUUGAGACUUGGUAUGCCGGUGCCAGUACUGGGAUUGGACCCUUGUCCGCCUCCGAGAGAGCCAUCACCAAAUCCUGCGCUACCAGCUACACCCAUCGCCACACCCCCACUUCUGCCAACAUCACUGCCAGAAGAUACUGCUACGCUCAGGAGCUCGAGCGGGUUGCUGGGCUCAAGCUCGAGGGCGAAUAUCUCCACACCGACCACUCCCACAGCACCCCCUACCCCUACGACCCCUACCUCACCCCCCACGGCUGUCGCACCACUCCCAUCAUCCAGCUCACGCAGACUCGGUCGAACGACGACCAUGCAAACGAUCAUCGUUCGAUAG